AUGCUUAGGUACUUCCAGAGAAAAAAUAGAGACAACAAUGCUACAACAGCACCUUCUGUCUCAAACCUGCAUUCUACAACGCGAAAUCAUGUAAUUCAUGCUGAGAGUUCAAGUGCCCAGAAUGUAGCACCGUCCUGCGCAGCUGAAAACGAUGUGAAUGAAAACUUACUGGCAAGUCUACCUUCGGAUCCAGGACUGCGAACUCCAAUAUUUGAUUAUGAUCCCAAUAUCAGUGACCGAGUUCGAAGAGCUUACCUACAAAGAGGUCCUUGUCAUCCAAAGAAGCACACCUAUCCAACAAGAAUAUCUGGUGGCAGGCCAAGAAAGUUCUGCGGCUCUUGGUUCAACGAGCACCCAAGUUGGUUGGAAUAUAUCAUUUUGACAGAUGCGGUGUUUUGUCUUUGUUGCUAUUUGUUUAGAGCUGGUAGUGGCGAUUCCUUUGUGGGGAAAGGAUUUAGAGGUUGGAGGAAGAAAGAAAGGCUACAUAUACAUAUUGGGGGGCCAAAAAGUGCACAUAAUAAGGCUUUGAAAAAUUGUGAGGUGUUAAUGAAUAGGAAACAACACAUUGAUGCAAUUAUUGAAAAACAGUCGGAGGAAGAGAAAAGGGAUAAUAGGAAAAGGUUGAGGGCAUCGAUUAACUGUGUUCGAUUUCUUUUACGGCAGGGGCUUGCAUUUCGUGGACAUGAUGAAACUGAAGCUUCUCUCAACAGAGGAAACUUUAUAGAGCUCUUAAAAUGGUUGGCAGAUAAUAAUGAAGAAAUUAAAGCCGUUGUACUAGAGAAUGCUCCAGGGAACCAAAAGUUAAUAGCAUCAGAUAUUCAAAAAGAUAUAACCAAGUGCUUCUCUUCUGAAAUAUUAAGUGAAAUUAUUAAAGAACUAGGGGAUGGACCAUUUACUCUCCUCUUAGAUGAAUCUAAAGAUAUAUCAUUAAAAGAACAGCUGGCUAUUGUUUUGAGAUAUGUGCACAAAGGUCAUGUAAUUGAGCGUUUCGUAGGAAUCGAACACGUCACUAGUACAACUUCCAAUUCACUUAAAGAAACAGUGGAUGAUUUCUUUUCUCGACAUGGAUUGAGCAUUUCCAGAUUACGAGGGCAAGGUUAUGACGGGGAAAGCAAUAUGCGAGAAGAACUUUAUGUCGUAAUGAGUUACUUGGUGAAUGUGGUAGCUGUAUCAGCCAAACGUCAAGAUAUGCUUCGUGAGAAGCAAGCUGAGGCGGUCUUUGAGGCACUAUGUAGUGAUUUAGCAGUGGAUUCUGAUAAGAAAUUUGAAGCUAAGGUUCUCCUAGAUUCUUUGCAAAAUUUCAAUUUUAUUUUCAGCUUGCACUUGAUGAAAAAGAUUCUGGGAAUUACAAAUGAUCUGUCAAAGGCAUUGCAGAGAAAAGAUCAAGACAUUGUCAAUGCCAUGAAAUUAGUUACAGUAUGCAGGGAACGACUCCAGAUAAUGAGAGAUAAGGAAUGA